AUGAGAGAAACUCAACACUUAAUUGUCGAGACGGAGAGUGGUUCUUUCCAUAUCAUUAGUUCACUAUCGAGACGGAGGGACACUCAGAUUAUUACGAUUGAAAGAUAUACAGGUCAAUUGUUAUAUACGGGACAACCGAAUGUUGAUCUCUUUAGCACUCCGCAAGAUGCUUUGAAAUUUCUAGCGAAGGAUAAAAAGAAUAUUAAAAGUGUAACAAAAUGUCACGCAAUUAUUGGAUACACAGUCAUCGGAACGUGUGGAUAUUUAUUCAUUUGUACCAAAGUGAGCCUCGAUUUGUUACUACCGCCCUCGCAUCAUGUUUACACAGUUCGAGAAACUGAAACCAUCACGAUACCGUUGCAAUAUCCACACAAAAUCACUCGUGCCGAAGUGAAAAAUUGUGAACUCAUGGCCGAAUUUCAACUCAAGGGACUUCAUUUCUAUUGUGAGACAUAUGACUUGACAAGACCUUUUCCUUCGACUCAUUCACCUCAAGAUUACACUGAAGAAUUUUGUUGGAAUACUCACCUCACUGAGAGUUUUAGAAAAAUUCGAAUGAGAAGUUGGUGUUGUGUCUUGUUGCAAGGAGUUGCAAGAUCUUCUGGUCCUAUUCAAUGCAAAGAAACAGAUGAAGCCAUUUUGACAAGAGGGCAAAAUUUGUUUCAAGGACAGCAAGGUUCAGAUGAAUUCAGCAUGACAACAACUUCACAAAACACGAGCAGCAGCAAUAGAAAUAAUGGAGGUGACAAUUUUGGAAGUAUUAAUUUGGCCAUUAUUUGUAGAAAGAGCUGUCUCAAUCCGGGAACAAGAUACAAUGCAAGAGGUUUAAAUGAUAAAUCAAGCCCUGGAAAUGAAUAUGAAUCGGAACAAAUUAUGUGGAGAGUGUAUAAUGGAACAAUCAUGUUCAGCACGUUUGUUUGGAGGAGAGGAACUGUUCCCAUUCAUUGGCGAAGUGAAAUUAACAAUGCAGUACAAGAUGCAAAUAUAGUUAUAUCUGAUCGACCUUAUGAAAACAUUGAUGUCUACUACAAACGAAUUGUUGAACGAUAUCACAAUCUUCCAAUUACCAUUAUCAAUUUACUCAGAGCCAAAGAGGUCCACUCUGAAGAAGGAAAUUUAACGUACCAUUUCAGAGAAUCUCUAAAAGUUGUGAAAAAACUGAUGGCCAUCGAUCAACUUGAAAUGAUUGAAUUCGAUUGGCACACCAUUCACAAACAAGAAGGCGUUGACAAGGGCGUUAAGCGAUUGUGGGAACUUAUUUCACCCAAGUUGCGAGCAGCAGGAGUCACCACUGGCAUUAUGCGCGUCUCUUCACAUGGAACCGUUGUAGAUAUGAAGUUGUGGAAGAAGCAAAAUGGAAUUUUUAGGGUGAAUUGUGCGGACUCUCUUGAUCGUACUAAUUUAAUUUGUUUCUUUAAUUCCAUUCAAGUUAUUGCAGAACAAUGUCGACAAUUAGGAGUUUCUUUAUGCGAUCCUUCAGGGGAUUUUACAGAGAGUUGGAAAUCGUUGAAUUAUACUCUUCAACAAGUUCGCGAUCAGUUUGAUCCCGUUCUCUUAUUGAAGCUUGCUGAAAUUUAUGUCAAUGUUGGAGAUGUUUGUGCCACUUUGUACACAAAUACUGUUGCCAUGCACACGUCACCAAUGCGUGAAUUCGCUCAACAUUUAGGAGCAGCACCAAACAAUACUAAACUCAUUGUUGAGAGAAGAAUUCAAAAUGUGCUCAAAGACAAAAUUCGACAACAACAAUACGAAAUGUUUCUAGGAUUGAACUUGGCCAAAUAUUUUCCCUCUCAUAUUGUGAAUACCAAAUAUGGAGAAAUUCGUUAUAUCAGUCAUUACCCGACCUUUAUUUUCAAGUCUGUUCCAAAAGAAAUUGAAUACAAUAUAACUGAAGAAAGAGCACUCAUUCGAAGUGGAUUCUCUCAUCAAUGGAUAUGUCCAAGAGAUUUUGAUUUUAUAGAAGUUCAAAUUUAUUUACCUUUCUAUUGCCGAGUUACGGAGCUAGCUCUCACCAUCAAACAUGGCCUCAAUGAUGCCACCUCUCCAUCCAAGAUGGAUGUUUUUGUUGGUACUCACAUUGAUGACUGUUUAAUGGGUUUUCAAGAAUUGAAUAUUCCUCGUUGUGAGGACGGCACUAAAUUAUUGUAUACAUUACCACCUCAAAUAUCAGGAAUUCCCGAAAAUUCUUCACUUUAUGAUUUUGAAGGCAGUGAUGCCAGCUCGAAAAUGAGAGUGGUGAGAAUUAUUUUCUACGGUAUUCCUCCAUGUAGUUGCAUGACAAUAGGACAAAUCCAACUUUUCGGAACCAUUGACACGCUGCUAAAUCCUGCACAAUCACCUAAAGAAUUUUAUUUAGAAUUAUUGAGGGCUUCGUCACAGAAUGAAGUUGAGCAAGUGCUUUCUAACUUGGAGAAGCAACAACAAGAAGUAUCAAAACGAAAGGCAGAGGAAAUUAAAGAGUUGGAAAAGCAAGUAGAGAAAGAGGAAGAAACUGAGAGAAAUGAAGUGAGUUUCAGUGACAUGGUUAAAGAUGGAACUGCCGUGGAGUUUACUCAUGACGAGAAUUCACUCUCUGAAAUACAUUCCGCAAGUCAACACAACUUUGAUGAAACUACCAAUUCCUCAGUCAUGAAUAAUAGCAAUUCAAAUCUUAUGGCUCUCGAUGACACUUCUUCAGAAGUUAAAAUUUUAGGAAACGAUAACGAGUUGUCACGAACUUUUGAUACAAUUUUCGAUGAUUAUUUUGAGCAAAAGAAUGUACCAACAAAUGCUGAUAAUUUGGAAACAUUCCUUCAAACUUCAAAAACCACUGCUGCUGAUCAUGAUCGAUUACGAGACAAGCUCAUUGAAAUGAUCAAUAAUCAAGACGAAUCAUUGAGAGAGCUUCGUAAUGAUAAGACAAGAUCUUUAGAAAAGUAUUUGAAAUUUAUUCAAACCAAAGUACCAACGCCAACCUCAGAAAUGACCUUUACUGACGCUCUCGAAUUGGAAUUAGCUCGCUUGAAACUCUAUGUCACAGCAAGUGAAAGAGACAAUCUUCUCAUUCAACACGGAUACAAAAUUGACAAAUUCGAUCCCAAUCAAUAUAUUUAUUCCAGAGACUCGAAAGUGGAAAAAUCGAUUCGAAAGAGUUUAGAAAGGUCAAAUUGCUAUCUCUGUAAAACAAGUAUCAAGCUUCGAAAAUCCUCUUGCCGCUAUUGCAGACAUGCAUUCUGUAAAAACUGCAUGUCCAAAACCAAAACAGACAUUAUCGAAUACAAUUGGAAGAGCUCCAAUGUUUGCAUGGAAUGUUUCUCUAACAUUCAAAAACAAAAAGAAAUGAUUCAUGAAAUUCAAGAACACAUCAAAAUUGAAACUGGAAAAUCGAAACUUGCCACCAAAAAUAUUUCUCGAUUAUUCACAGAAUUGUACCCUCCCAUUUCACAAUCUCGAAAAAUGAUGAAAAAACACGCCAAAGAAACUCUUUGUUCUGAAUUUCCUGGAAGUGGAAUUUUGAGUACAGUUGAAACUGCUCCCAAGUCGCCACCUAUUGAAUCUAUCUUAUUUCCACCUGAUAUUCUUCCAUUGGAAUAUUGGUAUGCCCCUCCCAGCAUUGAUUCUGUCACUAUCAUUAUUGUAUUACAAUCAUAUGUCAAACUCUCUCGAAUGGUACUUCUCGUUGAUCAGUUAGGUUAUUCCAAUGAGGAUGCUCCUAUUUUUGAUAUUGCCAUUGCUGAAAGAUUACCAAGCUUUAAGAGCAUUACAUCGUGGAAAUUGAGUGCCAGCAAGCCAAAUGACAUGUUGGAGUUCAAUUUUUCUGACCAUAUGACGGCUCUGACAUCACAGAACGAGCAAAAAUAUGAGCCUAUGUGUCGUUUGGUAAGAAUGACUGUGAAAUUACCAUCCCUGGAGACGUCACAGGAAUUGUCAAGUGAAUCAACAAUAUCCUCGUCAAAAGCAACAACAAUGGAAUUAUCAGAGAGCUCACUGGCAAUUACCAACACUCAAAACGAGUCAAUUCUUCAGAAUGGUGCAACCAGUACUCUCAGGAAUUCUACUACACUUCGCAAGACACGAUUCUUGCAUCUUGGCAGAAUUCUCAUUUAUGGUAAAGUCAUUAAUGACGAAACCAAUUUACACAAAUCAGAAAUUCCACUCCUCAAUUCUCAACAACAAGCCACAAUGGAUGAAAUUCUUCGAUCAAAACCUACCAUUCAACGAGUUCAAUUGAAGGCUGAGUCCAAAUAUGUGAAGGAAAAUAACUGUUUGGAUUUAAUUUUAUCACCUGAAGGAGGAUAUGUCGUUUCUGGAUUCAGAAUUAAUUUAACUCAUACACCAGAUAGUAUUCAUUCUCAGGUAAAGCAUAUUCGAGUGAGCUUUUUGUUUGGAGAGGAUGACAAGGCAACAGAAGGAGCCACCUCUCAACUUGUUGUGGAGAAAAUUACUGUACCAAAAGUAGAAUCUGGAACAUCAUUGAUUUAUGAAUUUAACAAGACAUAUGAUAUGAAUGUAAAGUUGGUGAGAUUUGAAUUUUUGUCAACUUAUGGAUGUCACGUGAAUGAUAUUUCUUUACCUCAAAUUUUCCUUUUUGCAAAUUCUGUAUAA